AUGUGCUCUACCUACCCUCAAACCUUCCAACAAGAUUUUUGCUCUCUCUCAACUGGUUUGAGAAGACGUGACGGUGAAUUCUCAUCAACCUCUAACAUUGUUGAAUUGGCUGGCUGCUCCGGAAACUCUCUGGCUCUGAAUCUUUGUGGUUCCACCUAUCCAAAAUCAACUAAUGUCUCAACCUCCACUUUAAAAUAUGCUGCUCCAACUUUGGUCUCUUCUUCAACCUCCACUUUAAAUUAUGACGUUCCAACUUUGGUCUCUUCUUCAACCUCAUACUUGUCAAGAAAUGUCUUGUCCCCUUUUGCAUCUAAGCUGGCGUGGACCAAACCUAGAGCUGACCAUCAAUGUAGAUUUUCGCUUGUUCAAUAUCCUUCUUCCGUGUUUUCCGGGAUGCCAUAUUACAAGUUCGAAGUUUCUUUCUUUAUGAAUUACAUUGAUCCUCCUCAAGUCCCUGAUCUUCAUCACAAGAACAUUGAAAUUGAUAAUUCAGUAACUUCGCUGGACGAAGAUCCUGAAAUUUUCGAUGUGGUUAAUGAGGAGUCUUCUGAGGAUGAACAAGCUGGCUUGAUUGGGGUGGUUAAGAAGUCUGAUCAAGGUUGCGAAGUUGAUAGUUCUGAUGAGUGCUUUAAACAACUCAACUCACCAACUAUUGAACUUUCCUCAAUUCCGAUCUGUGACGAAAGUUCUGAGUCCGAACAAGAGUCUUCUGAAAUUUCUAAACCAUGGUACUAUGACUUUGAUGAACUAGUUGACAUUGUUAACUUUCUUGGUCUGGUUGACCGGGUGGAUUUCUUUGGUCUUGGUCGUACCUCAAUGGCACCUGCUGAACCAGUUGAGAUUCAAGCUUUAGUUUCUGACGUUGAUUCUACAUUGGAGCCUGGCCUUGAAGAAAUUGAAGAUGACAAAUACUUGACUUUCGAGGAACUACUUGACAUUGUUCACUUUCUUGGUCUUGCUCCUAAAUCAACUCCAGUCCGGAAACUCACAUGGGCUGAACACCUUGGUUUGCAAAAGGUUGUACCAAGGAAGGAAAUACCUUUGAAGAAUAAGACUACCAUUCUUAGGAAAGCUGUUCCAAAGAUUGUUACAGUUCAAGUCGAAGCUCCACCCAUUGUCGAAUCUAAGGAUUCUGACUAUUACUUCGACCUACCCUUCUCCCUUGAAGACCUUGAUGAUUUUGAAGACAAAUGCUUAUCUUUUGACGAACUAGUUGAUAUUGUUCAAUUUCUUGGUCUUUCUCCUAAGUCAACUCCGGUCCAGAAACUUAACGGGGCUGAACAUCUUAGUCCAAAGGUUGAAACCAAUCUUCUAGUUCCUAUAGAGACAAGUGAGCCAUGGUAUUAUGACUAUGAUGAGUUGGUUGGGAUUGUCAACUUUCUCGGAUUAGUUGACCGUCUGGAUUCUUUUGGAGCUCAAGCGACUUGUCCACCAGCUUCUGUCCAAUCUCACAAACUUUGGUACUCUGAUUUUGAUGAGCUUGUUGGCAUUGUCCAUCUUCUUGGCUUUGGACCUGCUCAAUCAGAAUCUGUUGAGAUCUCUACACCUUGGUACUCUGACUUUGAUGAGCUUGUUGGCAUUGUCCAUCUUCUUGGCUUUGGACCUGCUCAAUCAGAAUCUGUUGAGAUCUCUACACCUUGGUACUCUGACUUUGAUGAGCUUGUUGGCAUUGUCCAUCUACUUGGCUUUGGACCUCAACUUUCUCCAGUUCCCAAAAAAACUUGGGCUGAAUAUCUCAGUAUCAGAAAGGUUCCAACUGCGAGGGCGAUUCCAUCCAAGAAAUCUACAAUUCUUGGAAAGUCCCUUCAAAAGAGUGUACCUGAAGAGCUCGUUACAGAAAUACCUGUUCCUGUCAAAAGGCUUCUCAACAAGAGUCUUCUGGCUAAGAUUUCUAAUCAGUCUAAUCCUAAGAAGAGCUGCUCUGGGAAGCAUUCCCCAAAUGAAUCUACUUCAAUGGAAAUUGUUUGCAACAAACCUCCAGUGAACCAUAUUCCUGAGAAGAUUCAAGUGAAGUCUGCACAAACAUUGAAACCAACUCAAACUUGGGCUAAUCAUUUGGCAAUCAAGAGGGUUUCAAAAGUGAAGUACAUGCGACUCAAAUAG